GCACAAACGAGGCAGUAAUAGAGAUUAGGGUCAGAUGUCGAACGAUAACAUAAUCUUGCCUUCUGCAGCAAGUUUGUCUACACUUUCUAUUGCAGAUAAUCCCAAAUCUGGAUUCGGGUACAAUCCGUCCUUGGGUCCCUUGUCCAAUACCAUAACACCAGAGAGCUCCAACAUCCUAUUGAAUAGAAAAACAUUGAGCCUAACUCCUACCUCUGGUAACUCCAUAUACGACAAGAACGUCAACAACAAGAAGAUAAAUGAAAUCAACUUAUCGUCGUUAUCCUUCUUGUUCUGUGAAGCAGUGAACUGGACCCAUAGGAAUUCCAAGGGAAUUCAAGACUUGGAAACCCGAUUGAAUGGUCUAGGGUACCAGGUGGGGCAGCGAUUCCUCGAACUCAUUAAGCUCAGAGAAGGUGUCAAGAGCAGCAAAAGAGAGAUUAAAAUUAUUGAUAUCUUGAGGUUCAUCCAUGGAACAUUUUGGAAAUCUAUAUUUGGAAAAACCGCCAACGAACUAGAGAAGUCACAGGAUGCUUCCAAUGAGUAUAUGAUCAUUGACAAUGUUCCGUUGGUGUCCAAGUUUAUCAGCAUACCCAAAGAUUAUGGAAACUUAAAUUGUUCAGCAUUUAUGGCCGGAAUAAUAGAAGGAGCAUUAGAUUCCUCUAGCUUCCAUGCCAACGUCACUGCCCAUUCUGCUCCCAUUGAUGGAGUACCUCUCAGAACUGUGUUUUUGAUCAAGUUCGACGAACAGUUGGUGAUAAGAGAGAGUUUACGAUUCAAUUGAUAAAUAAGCACAUUAAUUUUACGAUUUUUUCUGUUUCGAUAUCGGGUAAAUGUUAGUCUAUUUAGAUCUAGUAUUCUGAAAUAAGAAAUGCUCCAGUA